GGCCGCCUCUCCUUUUUCCCGGAGCCUGGGCGGAGAGGGAGGAAAACUUCCUGGCCUGGGCUCCCGGCCGCUCAGUCGGCCACCCCUCCAAUCCCGCCUCCCGGUGCCCGGCGCUUCCCCACCCCUCCCCCGGCACCCCCAGUGUCCGCCAUGGCCAAAGCCUACGACCACCUCUUCAAGUUGCUGCUGAUCGGGGACUCAGGGGUGGGCAAGACUUGUCUGAUCAUUCGCUUUGCAGAGGACAACUUCAACAACACAUACAUCUCCACCAUCGGAAUUGAUUUCAAGAUUCGCACUGUGGAUAUAGAGGGGAAAAAGAUCAAACUGCAAGUCUGGGACACGGCUGGCCAAGAGCGAUUCAAGACGAUAACUACCGCCUAUUACCGUGGAGCCAUGGGCAUUAUCCUAGUAUACGACAUCACAGAUGAGAAAUCCUUUGAGAACAUUCAGAACUGGAUGAAGAGCAUCAAAGAGAAUGCCUCCACUGGGGUAGAGCGCCUCUUACUGGGGAACAAGUGUGACAUGGAGGCCAAGAGGAAGGUACAGAAGGAGCAAGCCGAUAAGUUGGCCCGGGAGCAUGGAAUCCGUUUUUUCGAGACAAGUGCCAAAUCCAGUAUGAACGUAGAUGAGGCCUUUAGUUCCCUGGCCCGGGACAUCUUGCUCAAGUCAGGAGGCCGGAGAUUGGGAAACAGCAACAAGCCCCACAGCACUGACCUGAAAACUUGUGACAAGAAGAACACCAACAAGUGCUCCCUGGGCUGAGGGCCCCUUUCUGCCUCCCCACCCUAAGCCUGGAGGCAGAACCUGAGGGAGGCAGGGCGGAGGGGCUGGGCCGGGGAGAAAUAGCAAGUGGGGCUUGGAGGGAUACAGAUGGGUAGAUGGCGGAAGAAUAAGGAGAAAAAGGAGAAGAAAAAAGGAGGGGGAGGGGAGGAAAGAGGGAAGAAGGGGUAAGAUAGAGAGGGAAGGAGAGGCAAGAAGAAGAAUUGAGAAAGUGAAAGAGGGUGAGGAGGAGGUAGGAAGACAGGGAGGAGGAAAGGGAGGAGGGAUGGCCUGAGGCCUCAGACCUUCUCUGGGUUCCUGGGGCAAACAUAAAUGUAAAUAAAUGACUGACUUAUUCUGUUACUGGAUCAGGCUUUAGGGCGCUGUGCGAGGCUGGCUCAGCACCACCUUCUGAAGGUUUAGUCCAAUCCUGUCACUCUGCAUGGUCUUUUUCAGUAUUAAAGGCCACCAUUUGCACAAA